GCCCACCGCUAUAUACAUACACACACUCCACAUACUCUAAACGUUCUAGUUCUCUCGACUCUCAAUUUGUUUACGCGCCGAAAAGUGAUUAAACGUAAAAAAUAGUUCCUCCAAAGUUCAGGAAAUUUCUGAAAACUCCCCCGAAACUAAAAAGAAUCGGAUUUUCGCGCCCCCUGCGCCCUCGUAAUUUUCCCUCAAUUUUUUGGGACUACUGUACAACCAAUUCACUGCCACACUUGUUAGUGUCGCCAGUUGUGGCGGGCAAUGGUGGGGUAGCAACUCCCGCAUUGAUAACGUUCUCGAGUCUUCCUCAAAAAUCUCUACAAAGGGCGUUAAAAAAAUCAUCCCUUCGUCAAAGAAAGUAACUAAUUACAAUUGUUGAAGUAAUCAGAUAAUGAGAAAAUUGAGUAUGAAGGGAAAAAGGAGAAGAUCCGAUAAUAACAGUGAUGGUGAAUCUGAGGAAAAUGGCGGUGCAGGUAGCAACGCUGAGAAUUCGGUAGAUGCGACAGAAGUUGAUACGAUGCCGAAAACAAAGCGCAAAGGAUCUAGGGGUAAAAAUAAUGGUAAAAGUGGUGAUGAUCGUUCUGAAACACCUCAGAACGAGGAGGCAGAUAAUAAUGAGGUAAAGGUCGAGGAAGAGAAUGAAAAUGGCCAUGGCGAGAAGGGGGUAGCACGAAAACGCCGGAAAAAGGAGGAACAGAAGCCAACAACUUCACAAGACAACAGUGAUGGGAAUGAAGAAGAGGAUAAGGAGUAUGAGGUCGAGAAAAUCGUUGCCCACAGAACGAUCAAAGGUAGACGCCAGUUCCUGGUACGCUGGAAGGGUUACAAUGACGAUGCAGACACUUGGGAGCAAGAGAAAGAUCUCAGUUGCCCACAGUUGAUCGAGGACUUCCUAGCUGAACAAGGCAGCAAAGAUGAAGGUGGUGAAACCUCGAGCAAACCACCAAAAAAGGUGGACAAGAAGGGAAAGAAGGCUAAAAAGACUAACAAUGUUAAAAAGGAGAACAAUACUAAGGAGGACAAUGCUGAGUACGAGGUUGAGAGAAUAAUUGAUGUUUAUUUCAAGAAAAACGGUAAACGUGAAUUCUUGAUCAGAUGGAAGGGAUUUAAGCCAUCUGAGGACUCGUGGGAGCCUGAGGACAACUUGAAUUGUCCAGAUUUGAUUAAAAAAUUCAUGGCCAAAGUUGAUGAGGCUAAAUCUGUGUCACCACGUUCUCUACGCACCAAUCCCAUCCACACCAAGCGUUACACACUGGCUACAUCAGACUCUGGAAGAAGGUUGUCCCGCAGAAACACUGGGAAACAACGGGCCACCUACCACCAUUGCGACGAGUAAAUGUAACGAAAGGACUUGGAACGUUGUUUCAAUUAGCCUUUCCUUCCCCUUUUUUCCUCCCAUUAGCAUUGUAUAAACAAGCUUUCCAGAGCCAGUGAGUUUAUCAUUAUCCAGUUUUCUUGAUAGAUAUUAUCUUCCCGUUUAAUUUCUUCUUAUUUUUAUGUUCUCACCACUAAUUCUAAAUUGAAGUGGUAAAAUUUAAUGAGCUGAAGACGAUAUUUUUAUUCAUGAAAAAAUUAUCUUUGAAUUAAGGGCUUUUUUUGCAGAGAAAAUUUCAAGCGAGUUCUUCUCAAGCUAGUGAAGCCUUCUCCUAAGGCCAUUCAUUAAUACAAUGAGUGCAUAAUAACUGUUCGACAAGUUUUAACAUCGUGAACCUGCUGAUCAUUGAAUUAUACAUCUAAAUAAAUGGUUUUGGGGUAAAUAUCUGAGAAGCUUUUUUAGCUGAGAAAAAUUCUCGACGAAUUUAUCUCACUAUUCUAUCAUAAAUUUAUUCGCUAUUGGAAUCGUCACAAAGUUGACAUAAAAAAAUGAGUUUGAUUAAUAUGUUUUAUGACUUCAAUACAGCUUGAUUUUAGUGUGAUACAUGUCUUAGUCAUGUGUGACUAAAUAUUUCUUCAUGAAAAAAGUGGUUUUAUUUUCGGUUAAACUUAUACGAUUCAAUCAUACAUUUUUUUUCUUUUUUAUGUAUCAGAACAUGCUAUGAGUUAUGUACGAGUGAAAAGUUUAUACUAAGAUUUAACAGGAAGCAUGAAAAAUAAUUUCAAAUGAAAAAGCGACAAUUAUGGAUAGUAGUAUCAGUGAGUAUACUACUAAGGGGGGAAAUGAAAUCAUACAAAGCGGUAUGAUAUUCAGAGUAAAAUCAGAAAAUACACAAUUUAAGUUGGACUAAGUAUGUAUGUGUGUGCAAUGUUACUUUGUAAUAUACGUCUGGAAGAAUCACCCAAGUAUUACCCCCGCAUGGUAAUGCGUAAUAAAGGACAGAAAAAAAACAUUGACAGAAAUUAUAUGUAACUCAUACUAAAUUAAAAACUGAUGUAAAGUUGUAAUUUAUUAAUUAUAGAUUUGAAACGCGCAACAGGUCAUACAUAUUGGAUAAUUUAUCAUGAAUACUUAGGGAUGAUUUGAAACGUAUUUAGAUGAAAACAAUACCCAUUUGUCAAUAAUGAAUCAUCAAAACAUGCAAACGCAAUAAAGAAAGUUUCAAUACAAAA